GCGACGUAAAAGGUCGGACUCAAAAGGAAACGUUUGGGAGCGUUGCUUAGUAGGGCCGCCUUCCGCCCCUGCUUAGCUUAUAUUGCGACGUCCCAUUGGUUGCUGGCUCGCCCUAUGAGUAGCUAGAGGGGAAGCGGUCGCCGAGUGGCUGGCGUGCGAUGGCGGACCGUCUCACCCAGUUGCAGGACGCGGUGAACUCGCUUGCAGAUCAGUUUUGUAAUGCUAUUGGAGUAUUGCAGCAGUGUGCCCCUCCUGCAUCUUUCAACAAUAUACAGACUGCAAUAAACAAAGAUCAACCUGCUAAUCCUACAGAAGAAUAUGCCCAACUGUUUGCUGCACUAAUAGCAAGAACUGCUAAGGAUAUUGAUGUUUUAAUAGAUUCAUUGCCUAGUGAAGAAUCUACAGCCACAUUACAGGCUGCUAGUCUGUAUCGCUUGGAGGAAGAGAACCAUGAGGCAGCUGCCCGUCUAGAAGAGGUGGUUUAUCGUGGAGAUAUGCUCUUGGAAAAGAUACAAAGUGCUUUAGCUGACAUUGCUCAAUCACAGCUAAAGACAAGAAGUGGUACAGUCAGCCCAUGCCAGAUUAACAGCAGCAGUUGAAAAUGUGUACUUCUGCAAAAAGUGUGGGGAGAUGUGUUAGGAUGAGAGAUGAAGAAUCAAAACCCUGCGUCACUCUGGCGCCUUUAUCCUACAGAAGAAUUUGUAGUGCUGUUAUAAGAGAAAGCAUGCAUGUUUGCAAGUUUUAUAUUACAGAGAAUUUUUGUAGUUGGCUCAAACAUUGAGAGUUGCUGACAUUUUAUUUCCAUAUAUUUCUUAUGCAAAAGCCCUGAGCUUUUAUCACUUUGUCAGUAGGUAAGAAUGCUGCAUCACACUAAUUAAAUAGCUUUGUAUAGUCAUAGAUGAAGCGGUGCUUCCAGUAAGGUGUGCCUGUAAGACAUAUCACUACACACAUGCUUUGCAAGGAAGUGCUUUCUGGGCUGGAAGCAGAUCACUUCUGAAUUGUCCCUUUGCUGUAGCCUCAAGUUUGCUGACAGUAUUAAGUUUUUGGAUGUAUUAGGGACAUGAGCAACAUAUUUGGGGUGGGUCUGUAGAGGUUUGGAUUUAUUUGGAAGAUCACAGGAUGGUGAUUGGAAGUGGAAGAGCAUAAUGGAAAUCCCAGAAGCUGUUGAGAAAAGGCCAGCUUGUAGACAGCUAUAUUUAGGAGGAAUGCAUGCUCCCCCAGCUACAGGCAUGGUAUGAUGAACCUUAGAGGUGAGAUCUUGGAGAAGAGAAGGUAUGAGAGAACUGGAGGUUUCCCUUCCUCUUCUACUCUGCUAAAUCAAAUGAUAGAAGGAAUUGUAAACUGUGGUCUUCAUAGAAGAAAUAGGUGGAAGCUUGGUUUUUGUGGUAUCUGACAUCUGAAGCUAAGACAAUCUGAGUGAGCAAAGCAUAAAUUAUUUCAUUCCUGAAGUUGGGCUUCAGAAGAAAUAAUAUCUUUCUGUACCCAGUUUACUGUGCUAAUUGUGUAUGUUCAGAAGAAACAAGAAAUAGUUCUGGGGAUGUCUGCAUUAGGGUUGUUCCCUGCUGUAUAUAAGAUAAAAAUCAAAUUUUGGUUCAAAUUUAUUUCUAAUCUUCUGUUAUAUGAAGAUGCAAAUGAAAAUACUAAAACUCAA